UCUCAACACAUGGGCGAUGACGGAAUGCGUUAGUCUGCAGGCGUGAGAUAUGGCGUUUCCUCCUCUUCACCAGGCGAUAGCGAGCUCUCCGUAGACAGUCUCGCACGCACUCUCACAGUCGUCGGCGGCGCGAGGACAGCAUUACGACGAGAUGGCAUCUGGCGAGCUUACUCACUUCGCGCAUAUCAUUUCUUGGAUUUUCGGCUGGGUCUACUUCACAGCCUGGACGAUCUCGUUCUUCCCACAAGCUGUUCUGAACUGGCGCCGACAAACGACCCAUGGAUUGAUGCCAGAUUUCCCUCUGCUCAACUGCUUUGGAUUCUCGUGCUACACUAUCAGCACCAUCCUUUUCCUGUACUCGCCCACGAUCCGCCACCAGUAUGCCGCACGACAUCCUGCGUCUCCGGAGCCAACAGUCCGCUUCAACGACCUCGCCUUUGGGUUGCUUGCUCUGGUAAUGAGCUUUGUGACAUAUUCACAAUUCUGGCCUCGACUCUGGGGUUGGAACCCAAAAGCUACAAUUCACCGACAUGUCACGAAGGUCACUCUUGGCCUGAUAUAUGGCGGCUUCCUAGCUUUGACCAUUCUAUUUCUCAUCGUUGUGAGUAAAGGUGGCGACCAGGGUGGCCGCGGAUGGGCAUGGAUCGAUGUGGUAUACGGUUUGGAGUACAUCAAGCUCAUGUACACCAUUUUCAAAUACGUCCCGCAAGUUGUGUCAAACUUCCGCAGAAGGUCAACAUUAGGAUGGUCUAUCGAACAGCAGUUACUGGAUUUCACUGGUGGCACCCUCAGCCUUGCACAACUGGUCAUCGACAGUAGCCUUCAAUCGGAUUGGAGUGGUUUGACGGGGAACCCUCUCAAAUUCGGCCUGGCGAAUAUUUCACUCGUCUUUGACAUCAUCUUCAUAUUGCAACACUUUGUGCUCUUCGGACCUGUCGAAGAAACUCCAAUACCCGAUGAUUCAGCGAGGGAGCGGUCUGAAGCUGAAGCGGAAGCCUUGUUGCCCGACGGACGCAGAUGACACGGCACAACUGUGAUAGACCUGGUUAGACAUGUAGUUGAGGAAGCAAGAUACCGACACCGAAACGAUAGCCAGCUUCGAGACUAGAUAUCAUGGCGGCCAUAAAGUUUCGGCAUGUUUCACGUUGUGCUCGCCGCACGGCGUGCUUACAAAGUCAUUUUUCCAGUGACACCGUGCGUCAGGAUGGCAGACGAUUAGACAGUGCGCCAAUAGCAGUAAAAUGAUUGAAUGCCGCGGGUGAACCGGUUUUUUGUACGCCUGGA